AUGGCGAACACGGACCCAGAGGCUGAGGAGAGCAGCGAGGAUGGCAGCGGCGGCGAAGGCCGGGCUCCCCUCGGCCCGAGCGGCAGUGCCGCGCGCCUGGCCCCGCUGGGUCCGGAGCAGCUGCGGCGGGUUCUGGAGCAGGUGACGAAGGCGCAGCCGUCCGCCGAGCCGCCGCCGCAGCCCUUCGUGCUGCAAGACGCGGCGCGGCGGCUGCGGGACGCCGCCCAGCAGGCCGCCCUGCAUGCCCUUUCGCACCUGGCUAACAUCCUGCCCAGCCCCCAGAACUCGCUUAGACAACUGGAAGCCAUUUGUGUUAAGGUAACCUCCGGAGAAACGCCAGGUCAGGAGAGGCCGAUGCCCCCGCCGGCUGCCUUCCAGCCCAGAACAGUGUGGCCAAGCCCACCCCUCAGGAGGAACCACAGCCAGGUGGGCCUCAGUGUCACUGGGCCUCCCCUGCUCAGGGUCCAGCCCCUGCUGAGAACUGGGCCACAGCCGUGUCACCUGAGCAGCCCACCUCGGCCUCCUGUUGAGAUGUUGGUGCAGAGGCCUCUGCCCACCCUCAGCCCAGUCUCUGUGAAGAGAGCCGCAGCCCCUAAAGCUCCAAGUGGACAGACAGUCCUAUCUGCCCCUCCACCAGCCUCUGACCCGCCGCCAUUAACAUCUAUUUCACCCAGUUCAGCAAAUGUGUUUAUUUCCAGCUUGCAUACAAAGCAUGCUGAGAAACUGAAAAAACCAAUAGAAGUGAAAACCCGCUCUGGCCGGAUCUCUCGCCCUCCCAAGUAUAAAGCCAAAGACUACAGAUUCAUUAAGACAGAGGAUUUGGCCGAUGGCCACCUGUCAGACUCUGACGAUUACUCGGAACUCAGUGUGGGGGAAGAUGAAGACCAGAGGGGAAAGCGGGUGCCCUUUGAGUCCUACAGUUGCUCCCUGCGGCCCAAAGCCUUCAAAUGUCAGACUUGUGAAAAAUCGUACAUAGGAAAGGGGGGGCUGGCCCGGCAUUUCAGACUUAACCCAGGCCAUGGCCAGGUGGAGCCUGCAGUGCUGCUGUCUGCGAAAGCCAAUGGGUACCUCUCUCGGGGGUGCAUGGAGGACAGGAGCAUUAGUCCAGCCUCGCCAGAGUCGUCUGCUCCCACUGUGCUGAGUGAGGAAGGGGUCCUCUCUCAUUGUGCCACAGAGGCAGAGUCCUCUGGACUACAGUGGGACCGGGAGCGUCUGGUGGCAGGGGCCCUACCUCAGCUGACUCCGGUUGUAACUGUGUGCGACUUUCUCCUGAUGAAGGUUGAAAGAACUCAUCUAGCAAAGCCUUUGUUCCCAGCUGUCUAUAAGGAGUUUGAAGAGCUGCAUGAAAUGGUUAAGAAGAUGUGUCAAGAUUACCUCAGGAGUUCUGGUCCAUGUUCUCUGGAGCUGCUGGAAAUAAACAACAGUCAGGUUGCUGAGUCCUUGGGAAUCACAGAAGAGCUCCUGAAGAGAAGAGGAACAUACGCAGGCUGCCCUCCAGGGAGUCGCAUCAGCCCAGGGGCGGACAGGGCAGAGUCUGGCGGACAGAAGCGGGGAAGCAAGAUCACAGAAGAGGUGCUGACCUCGGUGAAAAGGACCAGGAGAGAGACAGUGCCCAAGGAUGCUAUGGGGCCUCUGGCUGCCCCCGCUGGAGGCCAGGAGAGGUCCAGGACCGAGUGUGCCCCAGCUGCCAGGGCGGGUUGUGGCCUUCAAGUCAGUGGGCGCUCGUCCUACCACUGUGGGGAAGGCCAUCCGGUGGCAGGUCCUGUCAGCGGUCACAGCAUGCUCCUCGCCGGCCAGCAGCUGAGAGUGUUUGCUGAUGUACAGGGCGUGUCUGUGGGCCCAUCUCUUCUGCCCUCGGAUGCUAGUGGGCCGGCUCACCCUCAGCUGGCCCGGGCUGCUCCGGAGCUCUCAGGUCAGCGUGCUGGGGGCAGCCCUUAUGGUGUAGAUCUCUGCUGUCCCCUGGUGUCCGGUGGCAGGCUGGGCUCCCAGCUGCCUGCAGGGGCUGGGAAUGCAGGGGUCAGGAACCCAGGCAGCAUGUACACCUCCCACUCAGAUGGCUGGCAGGCCAGCCCAGGAACUGUCACACUCAUGAAUGUCACAAUGCCAUCACCUGAGACAGCUUUGUUCCCGGAGGCCGCACAGGUGGCCCAUGCCUCCAGGACUGCUGCUCAGCCAGGGCCUCAGCUGGGUCUGGACAGGUUGCAGUCAGCCACAAGUGAUCAUGGGAGUCAUGUGGGGGACUUGGGCCAGUUCUCCUGCGGGGCCGCACAGACAGAGCUGGAGAACAUUGUCGCUGUGGGUGAAACCAUGGCUUUUGAAAUCACCAGUGGGUGCCACGACUUGUUUGCUCAGGGACAGGACCAGAUUUUUAUUCAGGCUUCAGAUGGGUUCAUGUUGUCCCAUCCAGGUCCAGUGGGGACUCGGGAGGGGGACAUUCUAGUGUCCAAGGCGGAGGGGCCUCCUCUGCAGGUGGACCUGCCACCGGCAGGUGUUCCUUUAGAAGCAGUGGAGGCCUUCCUCACCAGUGGCACCAAUCCCCCCCCGUGA